CCAGGCUCCUCCCUUUCCCAAAGAUAGAUCUCUUUUAACAGCGGUCUGCUGAGAGACUAAACACUCUCAUCUUCCUGUGGGCAGCUCCAGGCGGACAGAAAGGGACGGUGAGCCCUAAGCCAUGGGUACUGGUCCUGAGAUACUCCAGGGUCUCUGGAUGAUGCUGUGAGCUCCUGGGUCAUCCCCUUCGGCUAUUUCGUCAUUUCUGCUGUUGGCAGAAGUGUGUCUGCUCCUGGGAGAACAGGACAAGGGGCCCCUGGUGCCUGAGAUGCAAUUGGGCCCCUUGUCCAAGUGUGUGUGACUGUGUCUGUGUUCAGGCAUGGUGUAUGUGUGGAGUGUAUUCUUCACACGAAGCAGAGAUGGUGACUUCCAGGAAGCAGAAGGCCCAGUAAGACUGACAUGGCCUCAGCUCCUUCUGUGACUAGCCUGGCAGAUGAGGUCAACUGCCCUAUCUGCCAAGGCACCCUAAGGGAGCCAGUUACCAUCGACUGUGGCCACAACUUCUGUCGUGGCUGUCUCACUCGCUACUGUGAAAUCCCAGGCCCGGAAUCGGAGGAGUCCCUCAGUUGCCCUCUCUGCAAAGAGCCUUUCCGACCAGGGAGCUUCCGGCCCAAUUGGCAGUUGGCCAACGUGGUAGAGAACAUCGAACGCCUUCAGCUGGCAUCCACGCAAGGUCUGGAGGUGGAGGAUGCCUGUCCCGAACACGGCGAGAAAGUCUACUUCUUCUGCGAGGAGGAUGAAGCACAGUUGUGUGUGGUGUGCCGCGAGGCCGGACAGCAUGGGGCUCACACCGUGCGCUUCCUGGAGGACGCAGCAGGUCCCUACAGGGUAGGAGAGCAUCCCUGCAGGGAACAAAUACAGAAGUGUCUUAUGGGUCUAAGGAAAGAGAGAGAGGAGAUUCAAGAAAUCCAAUCAAGGGAAAACAAAAGAAUACAGGUUCUCCUGACUCAGGUGGCCACCAAGAGACAGCAGGUGAUUUCUCAGUUUGCACGUCUGAGUCGGGUCCUAGAGGAACAACAGAGUGUCCUUUUAGCCCAGCUGGAGAGGUUGGAUGGGGAUAUCCUGAAGCAACAGGAAGAGUUUGAUUCCCUGGCCACAGGGGAGAUCUGCCGGUUCAGCACCCUGAUUGAGGAGCUGGAGGAGAAGAGCAAGCGGACAGCAAGGGGACUCCUGACAGUGAGAUGGGGCCUGCCCUCCCCCCCCCCCGGGGUCUCUGGAUUCAUGGAUAUCAGAAGCACUCUAAUAAGAUGUGAAACUAGGAAGUGCCGGAAACCUGAGGCUAUCUCCCCAGAGCUGGGCCAGAGGAUCCGGGACUUCUCCCAACAGGCCAUCCCUCUGCAGCAGGAGAUGAAGACUUUUCUGGAAAAACUCUGCUUUGAGUUGGACUAUGAGCCAGCCCAGAUUGCUCUAGACCCCCAGACUUCCCACCCCAAGCUGCUCCUGUCUGAAGACCACCGGAGGGCUCGGUUCUCCUACAAAUGGCAGAAUUCGCCAGAUUCUCCGCAGCGUUUUGACCGAGCCACCUGUGUCCUGGCCCGACGUGGCUUUACCGGAGGGAGACACACUUGGGUGGUGAACGUUGACUUGGUCCACGGAGGCAGCUGCACCGUAGGUGUGGUGAGAGAGGACGUCCGACGCAAAGGAGAGCUGCGGCUGAGACCGGAGGAAGGCGUAUGGGCCGUGAGACUGGCUUGGGGGUUUGUUUCAGCGCUGGGUUCCUUCCCCACGAGGCUGGCCCUGGAGGAGCAGCCCCGAAAGGUGCAGGUGUGUCUUGACUACGAGGUAGGCUGGGUGACCUUUGUCAACGCUGUCACCCAGGAACACAUCUAUACCUUCACUGCCUCCUUCACACGGGAGAUCUUUCCCUUGUUCGGACUCUGGGGCAGAGGCUCUAGUUUUUCCCUGAGCUGCCGAGAAGGUACAGUUUCCCUCCUCUGAGUACAAAACUGAAAUCAAGCAUCCUGGGGCGCUGACCCUUGCCUGGACGACCAGGCACAAAAAUGGCUUUUUAAAGCAAUUGCUAGGGCCUGUGUCAGUAAGGGACUAGGUGGUAGGACCUUUAGUCCGAUCAUUGUUCAAGCCUUUCCCAGUGCCCAUAGAUGGUCAGGGUAUCUGCGACCUUGGCUGCCGCUGGCUGUACUCACCAUUGUUGUCAAUGGGCACAGACAUAGAUAUACAAACAGACCUGGUUCCAGACGAAGUCCUGUAUCAACCAACCACAUGAU